CCGGAAGUGACGCGCGGCGGGGUUGCCGGAAGAAGCGGCGAAGUUACUUUUUUGCGCUCAGCCACCUCUCCGAGCUACUCCCCAGUUCCGAAGUUACUUCCGAGGGCCGCGGAGCCGUUGCCGCGAGGCGCGGGACGGUGACACGUGCGCCGGGCGGGGACACGUGCGCCGGGCGUCAGGGCGGGCGCAUCCGGGCGGGGGUCGCCGGUCCCGCUCAGCCCGUGGCUUCUUCGCUCCCGCCCUCGCAGCUUCCGCUCCCACGGCCGUUUCCAGGGCAACGGAGUCAGAGACCCCGCGCGCCAGGCCCCACAGGAUCGCCACGCAGUCAUGAGCCCCGCCUCCCACUCGAGCUCGGGGAGGGGCGGGGCCUGGAGCGAGGCUGCUUCGUGACCCCACCAUGUCUUCCCCCACAAGUUCCCAGGACACCCCAGUGCCUGGAAAUGGCUCUCCUCAGCCCAGCACCUCCUCCUCCUCCUCAUCCACCAUCAAGGAGGAGGGGCAGGAGACUGAUGCCGCCCCAAGCACCGACUCUGCCUACAUCGUGGGACCUCUGUUGCCCACCGCAGUCAUCUUAGAGCCGGAGGAUGAGCCCGAGCGCAAGCGGAAGAAAGGCCCGGCCCCAAAGAUGCUGGGCCACGAACUGUGCCGCGUGUGCGGUGACAAGGCCUCAGGCUUCCACUACAACGUGCUCAGCUGCGAAGGCUGCAAGGGCUUCUUCCGGCGCAGCGUGGUCCACGGCGGGGCCGGGCGCUAUGCUUGCCGGGGCAGCGGAACCUGCCAAAUGGACGCCUUCAUGCGGCGCAAGUGCCAACUGUGUAGGCUGCGCAAGUGCAAGGAGGCGGGGAUGCGGGAGCAGUGCGUGCUGUCUGAGGAACAGAUUCGGAAGAAGAAGAUUCAGAGGCAGCAGCAACAGCAACAGCCACCACCCGCACAGCCCCCCGGGGAACCUGGGGAAGCCAGCGGCUCAGCUGCAGGGCUGGGAGCUUCCCCUGCAGCGUCAGAGGCCAGUGGCCAGGGCUCCGGGGAAGGCGAGGGCAUCCAGUUGACGGCAGCACAGGAGCUGAUGAUCCAGCAGUUGGUGGCUGCGCAGCUGCAAUGCAACAAGCGGUCCUUCUCGGACCAGCCCAAAGUCACGCCCUGGCCCCUGGGUGCUGACCCCCAGUCCCGGGACGCUCGGCAGCAGCGCUUCGCCCACUUCACAGAGCUGGCCAUCAUCUCGGUCCAGGAGAUUGUGGAUUUCGCCAAGCAGGUGCCUGGCUUCCUGCAGCUGGGCCGGGAGGACCAGAUCGCCCUCCUGAAGGCAUCCACGAUCGAGAUCAUGUUGCUAGAGACGGCCAGGCGCUACAACCAUGAGACAGAAUGUAUCACGUUCCUGAAGGACUUCACCUACAGCAAGGACGACUUCCACCGAGCAGGUCUGCAAGUGGAGUUCAUCAACCCCAUCUUCGAAUUCUCGAGGGCCAUGCGGCGGCUGGGCCUGGACGACGCGGAGUAUGCGCUGCUCAUUGCUAUCAACAUCUUCUCUGCGGACCGGCCCAACGUGCAGGAGCCCAGCCGCGUGGAGGCGCUGCAGCAGCCCUACGUGGAGGCGCUGCUGUCCUACACCCGCAUCAAGAGGCCACAGGACCAGCUCCGCUUCCCGCGCAUGCUCAUGAAGCUGGUGAGCCUUCGCACGCUCAGCUCCGUGCACUCGGAGCAGGUCUUCGCCCUGCGUCUGCAGGACAAGAAGCUGCCGCCCCUGCUGUCGGAGAUCUGGGACGUGCAUGAGUAAGGGCGGCGCGCCCAGCCCCCGCGCCCUCUGGAUGGACCUUCCACCCCCCUCCUGGGGUGGGAGGACGUGGUCACAGUGCUCCCGCCAAUCCAGCCUCAGGACCCGCGGCAGUUGGCCGGCAGGCACCCCCUCCCACAGUCUUCCAGGAGGGGUGAGGCCUCGGUCCUCCGACCUUCCCAGCUGCGCUCCCGCCCAGCCUACACCUCAGUCCCCCACGCCACGCACCUUGCAGACAGAGGGAGGGCUGCUGGCUCCCGCACCUGGGAGACCACAGGCCCCUCCUCUGUUCGUUUUAUUUAAUAAAAAACAAGGAAAUAAAAUCCAAUGCAAGCCA